AUGUGUCGCAAAUACCACAUCUUUUUUGCUUUAGCUCCAUUUAUGGCUAUUUCACUUGCCGGCGGGGAACCAAGAAAGCUCAUAGUAUUUGAUACCAUAGAGUGUGCAAUCAAGAGCAGUGUCAUCUCAAAGGUUGUGUGUCAGCUGUAUUCCCGGACGGAAUUUACUGUCUUUUUGACCUUUGGCGAAAAGAAGCAUGCUGACAAGGUGUUUGGAGCUUGCGAAGUCAAACUCUGUCCAAAGAGUCAGAAAAAGAUAACGAGGAUAAAUAACCUAAGAUUGGACUUUUGUCAACUGAAGAAGCAUACCGAAUCGCGCUCAGUGCUGGGAAUGUUCUACUUAGCACUUCGCAGAGCUGUAGUCAACUUUCCCAACAAGUGUCCCUUCAAAAAGAACACCACAUAUGGGGUAAAUCGAUUCCAUUUUGGCUGGCAAGAUAUUCCGCAAUAUCUACCCGAUACUAACUACACUCUUGUGGGAAAGAUUUAUGCCAACAAUGAGUUGGGACUCGAGAUCAAGGUGACUGGCGGCUAUUUUGAAGUUGCCAACGAUUCUGCCUAUAGGAAGCCCCUACUGUGA